GAGAUCAGGUGUACCCCCUUGAUCUCUCCCAGCUGAACUCCCUUUCAAACUCCUGCAGUCUGGGAAAGACCCACCCCCGGGGAGGCGCCUGUGCUGGGGUUGGGGAGCGGAGGGAGUCUUAAGACUUCUCAGGCCAGAAGUCUCAGAAGCUGCAAAUUCUUGGGGCAGAUGGCUCUGACUUCAUGUCACUGUUCCCCUAGGUUUUGGGACAUGACCCAAACACAUGCUCUUUAGGACUCCCUUAAUUCGUGACUCAUUCAUUACCCACCCCAGCAGAGCUAGACUCUUCCUUCUUCCACCCCUCCGGGCCCUUGAAAUGCAUCUGAACCACCUGGAGCAAGCCUGAGUCCCUGUUCAUCCCCGGUAGCCAAGGACUGUCACCUUGAAGUCUGCAUUUGGUGCCAUGGAGCGACAGGCCCCUGGAAGCAGAGGCCUUUUGGAAAAGCCUGCGGCCGCCAGCUCAGGUCUGUCCGCACUGGGCGCAGCCUUCAUCCUUCUGAAAUCGGCGCUGGGGGCCGGCCUGCUCAGCUUCCCCUGGGCCUUCCACAAGGCCAGUGGGGUGGGCGCUGCCUUCCUCAUAGAGCUGGUCUCCUUGGUCUUCCUGACCAGUGGGCUGGUCAUCCUGGGCUAUGCUGCCUCCAUCAGUGGCAAGGUCACCUACCAGGGUGUGGUUGCAGAGCUGUGUGGACCUGCCAUCGGGAAGCUGUGUGAGGCCUGCUUCAUCGUCAACCUGCUCAUGAUCUCCGUGGCCUUCCUCAGGGUGAUCGGGGACCAGCUGGAGAAGCUAUGUGACUUCCUCCUGCCUGGAACGCCGCCAGCCCCGCAGCCCUGGUACACCGACCAGCGCUUCACCUUGACCCUGCUCUCCAUGCUGGUCAUCCUGCCCCUGUCUGCCCCGAGGGAGAUCGGCUUCCAGAAAACCACGAGCUUCCUAGGCACCCUGGCCUCCUGCUACCUGGCCCUGGUCAUCAUGGUGCAGUAUUACCUUGGGCCCCAGGGUCUUCCUCGUGAGCCCCUCCCUGUGCUGAGUCCUGCCUCCUGGGUCUCCGUAUUUAGUGUCUUCCCCACCAUCUGCUUUGGAUUUCAGUGUCAUGAAGCCGCUGUCUCCAUCUACUGCAGCAUGCGCAACCAGAGCCUGUCCCACUGGGCCCUGGUCUCCUUGCUGUCCUUGCUGGCCUGCUGCCUUGUCUACUCGCUGAUAGGUGUUUAUGGCUUCCUGACCUUCGGGGCAGAAGUUUCUGCAGACAUCUUGAUGUCCUACCCGGGGAACGACGGGGUCAUCGUCAUUGCCCGAAUCCUCUUUGCCGUCUCCAUUGUGACCGCCUACCCCAUUGUGCUCUUCCUGGGGAGGUCGGUGAUGCAGGAUUUCUGGAGGAGGAGCUGUGGUCAGGCGUGUGGGCCCAGGGCCCUGGCUGACUCCUCAGGGAUGGGGGUCCGGAUGCUGCUGACCGUCCUGUGGGUCGCUGUGACGCUCGCCAUGACCCUGUUCGUGCCGGACCUCAGCAAGAUCAUCGGCAUCAUCGGCGGCGUCAGUUCCUUCUUCAUCUUCAUCUUCCCAGGUCUGUGCCUCAUCUGCGCCAUCAGCACCGAACCAAUAGGGCCGCGAGCCAAGUGCUGCUUGGAGGCCUGGGGAGUGGUGUCUGUGCUCAUUGGCACCUUCAUCUUCGGGCAGAGCACAGUGGAAGCUGUCUUGGAGCUCUUGUGAGGGGCAGCCAUGCCUGGGCAGGAGGGGGGCCUCCAUGGGUCACCCUGGUGGGGCUCCCUGGUCCCAGCCGUGAGGCCAGUGUAAUCCCAUCAUAAAGAUGAGAAACUAAUACCUCUGCCUUCUCAGGCUGCUCACUGGGGCUUCUGCUCGUUCAAAGGGUCUCUGGUCCAAUGGUGAGGGGAGAGCUUUAGUGUCCUGGGGCAGCCCUAACAAAUGAUCACAGGCUGCUGGCUUAAAAUAGCAGAUUUUAUUCUCAUAGUCUUGGAGGCUAGGAGUCAGAGGUCAAGGUGCAAGCAGGGCCACACUCCCUCUGAAGGCUGCAGGGGAGGAUCCUUCCUGCCUCUUCCAGCUCCUGGGAUUGCCAGGAAUCCUUGGUGUUCCUUGGCUUGUAGAUGCAGCUCUCUAAGUCUCUGCUCUCAUCUCUACAUAGCCUUCUUCCGUCUGUGUCUGUGUCCAACUUUCUCUCCUCUUGUAAGGACACAGUCAUUGGAUUAGCACCCACCCUGAUUCAGUAUGACCUCAUCGUUACUCAAUUAGGGUGUGCAAAGAUCCUGUUUCCAAAUAAGGUUACAUCCACAGGUUCCAGAGGUUGGGACUUGAACUUAAUAUUUCUGGGAUACAUAGUUCAACUCAUGGGCCCGAGAUCCCGAGAGCCCUGCUGUGGGGUGCCGGGAUCAAAGAUAUGGGGUGAGGGUGAGGGUAGUGCGCAGUGGACGAGAGCCCCAGAAGGGAUUUCAGGGGGUAUCCAUUGG